UUCAGCAGGCGGCGGGCGCCUGAAACUGAAAACCUUACCAGAAUUGACGCCGCCUCAAUCCUCCUUCUGCCGCCAAACAACCGCCGUAUUUCUCUGCCGCGCAGCCGGCGCUCCCCACAGUAGAAUGCCGCGCCGCUUCCACACGAGCUCCAGCUCCCAGCGAUACGAUACCUAUAAAUUUCUUCCCCGCCGCGAGCUACACGGCACGGCAAACGACUCGUGCAGCGCAGUGGGCACUCGAUCGGCAACCGGCGGCAAGCGACAAUAAUCCCAUAUAGAGUGAGAACAGACUACAUAGGAGUGCGCACAGGGACCUCAACAAGCCGAUCUAGUUUGCUGCGAUCAUGCCGACCCUGCUCUCCGCGAGGUCCCGCGGCGGCAGCAGCAACCGCGGCGGCGAGGGCGACGCCGGCGGCGGUGGGGCUGGUGGAAACCGCCGCGCGUACUAUGGCAUCGCGGCGUGCGCGGUGGCGCUGCUCCUGUUCUGCGCCCUGGCCGUCUCCGUCAGCGUCUGGAUGGCGUUCUUGUUCGGCGGACUGGCACUGGUCACCUUCGGCGUCGCCGGCUGCCUCGCACGGGAGCCCAGCCGCAGCAGCGACGGCGCGAGCGACGUCGCGGAUGCAGCAGCAGGAGCCGCACCGAGGACGCAGCGCAGGUUCGGGCUGCCCAAGGCCGCGAUCAAUGCGCUGCCGACGUUCGCCUACGAGCUUAGCCUUAUUGGAGACGCCGGCGCCGGCGCCGGCGGCGACCUCGAGCUCGAGUCCGGGACGGCAGCGGCAGGCAGCGAGCCGUGCUCGGUGUGCCUCGAGGACGUCCAGGGCGGCGAGAUGGUGCGGCAGCUGCCGGCGUGCAAGCACCUGUUCCACGUCCAGUGCAUCGACAUGUGGCUGCACUCGCACCGGACGUGCCCGGUGUGCCGGUGCAACCUCUUGCCAUCGCCGAGGAAAGUCGCUGCCAAAGCGCCCACAGCUGAGGCUGCGGAACCGCCGGCUGACGCUGACGAAGCCCUGCCACCAGUGUAAGGUGUUUGUGUUUUGUCAUACUAGCAUUCUAGAGAUGACAGAAGAAUCUCUGCACACAGCACCACCUUCCUUGCACGUCAUGGGUUCAGAACUAGUUGAAAUGUAACUCUCGCAAAAAAAAAAAAAAACGAGUAGAAUUGUAACUAUUUUUUAUUCUUUUUCCCGAUAGCUGUAGACGUUCCUGUCUAUACAACUAUGUUCCAAAAAUAUAUGUAGAACAGAGACUGAAAGAGCUGUAGUAUGUAUAAAGUUUGACAGAUGACCUUUCAGCUAUGUACAAAGUU